AAAGUUCGAAACGGUUAAUUGGCGGGAAGCUUUCUGUCUCAGUUCUUGAACCUUCAUUAAACCCUAAUCAGAGGAACAUUUAGAUCUUUUGGGAUCAACAAUAAUGGCGACGGCUGGAUUAUGUCGUCGAAUCCUUCCAUCACCUUCCGCCAUUGAUUUUGCUUCCAUUGAAGGCAAGAAACUUCACAUGGAAGCUCUUCGAGAUGGAACCUUGGAAGGUUAUUUUAAAUUGAUUUCCCACUUUCAGACGCAGUCUGAGCCUGCAUAUUGUGGAUUAGCCAGUCUUUCAAUGGUCUUAAAUGCACUUGCCAUUGAUCCUGGGAGAACCUGGAAAGGACCAUGGAGAUGGUUUGAUGAGUCUAUGUUGGACUGCUAUGAGCCUCUAGAAAAAGUUAAAUCUAAAGGGAUUUUCUUUGGGAAACUCACUUGUUUGGCUCACUGUGCUGGUGCAAAUGUUCAAGCUUUCCGUACUAACAAGAGCUCUAUCAAAGAGCUCAGGAAUUAUGUAGAGAAAUGUUCAAAAUCUGAUGAGUGUCAUGUCAUCUCUCACUAUCAUAGGGGAAUUUUCAAGCAGACUGGAUCCGGUCACUUCUCUCCUAUUGGUGGUUAUCAUUCUGGAAGAGACUUAGCACUGAUCCUGGAUGUUGCACGUUUUAAAUACCCACCUCAUUGGGUCCCAUUAUCUCUUCUUUGGGAAGUGAUGGAUACUACUGUUGGAGAAAGCUGUGAACGCAGAGGGUACAUGCUUAUAUCAAGACCGCAACAAGAUCCAGCACUUCUAUAUAACUUGAGCUGCAAACAUGACAGCUGGGCCAGUAUAGCAAAAUACUUGGUGGAGGAUGCUCUUCUCUUGAGGUCAGAAGAUGGAAAGGACAUUGUGGGGGCCAUCUCCGUUGUUUGCAUAUCAUUACCCUCAAACUUUAGGGAAUUUAUUAAGUGGGUGGCUGAAGUUCGAAGGCAUGAAGACGAUGAUCUAGGUCUAAGCCAGGAGGAGAUGAGAAGGUUGAUGCUGAAGGAAGAGUUACUUAAACAAGUUCAGGAGACAGAUUUAUACAAGCAAGUAACCAAAUUUCUUUCCUCAGCAUACAUGUGUUCCAGAAAUGGUGCCAUGUUAGGUCACGAGCACAGUUUAUCCGAUGUUGCAGCAGCUGUUUGUUGUGAGGUGGCAGGAUUUUUAACUAGUCAACCUGGAUCUUCUGGUGGAUUUUUCUGUGAGAAAACAUGUGUAAAAUGGAUAAGCGGUGAUGGUGGCAAGCCCGUAACAAUAGUCUCUGGAACAGUAAAGGAUGGUUUGAGUAAUCAUGGGCUUCAAAUUUUGGUCCCCAUAAUUUAUCAGCAAUCCAAUUGCUGCUUCGACCCAAGGGAUUGUUUGGGAAUGCACCCUACUGGAAAUGAUGUUUUAUUUGUACUUUUGCUUGCACUGCCUAUGCAAACAUGGUCUGGUAUUAAGGAUGAAUCACUUGCGCAAGAAUUGGCAAGCCUUGUUUCAACUGAAAAUCUUCCGGUUUUACUGAAGGAUGAGGUAUUGCACUUGCGACGUCAACUCAUUCUUCUCAAGAGAUGUCAAGCUAACGAGAUGGAUGGUGAUCUAAGUGCACCUCCCUUGUAGUUGUUAAUGUAUAAUAUUCUCAAAUUAAUCUAAACAAUUUGAUGUAACAAUGUUGUAUGUAGUUUUAUAAAUAUAUUAAAUGUAUUAUUAUUUUAAGUUGUUUUUGAUAAAAAUAAUAUGUUGAUUUUAUACUACUAUAAUAAAAAAUU